GGAGUGGAAGCUAAUAACACCGAGCAGUGCAGUACAUACGUACAUACAGCUACUAUAUAUAACUAAGCUACAGUAGGAAGGAGAGCGCUGGGGCCAAGAAGCUGCUGUUAGUCAUGAGCCUGUCUUCACUGAGCUCGGAUGAGGAGUCAGAGAUCAUUGUGGAACGUAGCUCUGGUCCUAUCAAUGGGCCUGGGAGCAAUGGAGGCCAAAUCCAAUCAGAUGAGAGUGACGUGAGUCUGCUGGAUGGAAGGGGUGUGGUCAACAAGGCUCGUUCCCCGUCCUUCCAACCCAUCGUACACUUUGAAGGGACAGUGAGAGAACCUCACAACCCGAACUAUGACCUCCGGGACGAAUCCACCAUUAGAGAACGAUCCCACCCUAAGAGGUAUUAUGAUGACUUCCACACCAUUGACUGGGUGAGGGACCGGAACAGAGAUCGUAUGCGACACAAGCGUCUUGUCAAGGACAAGCGACUCAGUUGGAGGGGGUGGGCUAAGAGGUUCUGGGACGCUGGUUCUGGUUGGACGCUCGUGUUCCUAGUGGGGGUUAGCUCUGGGAUACUAGCUGGUAUAGUGGAUGUCUCUGCAGAGUGGAUGUCAGACCUCAAGGAAGGUUUCUGCACACACACUAGCUUCUACAACAAGGAGGCAUGCUGCUGGACCACCAAUGAGUCCAACAUGGAUGCACCAGAGACGCACUGUCAGCUGUGGAGGGAGUGGUCAGAUGUAGCCAAUGUGGCCUCUGGCACAACAGGAGCAUACGUUAUCAACUACACUAUCUACGUUGUGUUUGCUGUCUUGUUUGCUGGUCUGGCUGGUCUAUACGUCACCACUCUAGCUCCAUACGCUUCCGGGUCAGGAAUACCAGAGGUUAAGACCAUUCUGAGUGGUUUCAUCAUCCGAGGGUAUCUAGGAGCAUGGACCCUGCUCGUUAAGACCGUGGGGAUGGUGCUUGCUGUGGGGGCGGGGCUAUCACUGGGGAAGGAGGGGCCUCUUGUCCACGUGGCCUGCUGCGCUGGAAACCUCUUCACAAGGGUCUUCCCCAAGUAUUACAAGAACGAGGCCAAGAAGAGAGAGAUAUUGUCGGCGGCAGCAGCUGCUGGUGUCUCCGUGGCAUUUGGUGCUCCAGUGGGGGGUGUGCUCUUCAGCCUGGAGGAGAUUUCCUACUACUUUCCCCACAAAGUGAUGUGGCGGUCGUUCUUUGCUGCCUUGACAGCUGCGUUCACCCUCAAGCUCAUGAACCCGUACUUCUCUGGCCACCUGGUUCUAUUCUACGCUAACUACGACCACCAAUGGCAUAUCUUUGAGUUCUUCCCCUUCCUUCUUAUUGGAGUGUUUGGGGGACUGUAUGGAGCUGCCUUCAUCUGGUGCAACAUUAAGUGGUCCAAGAUUCGAAUGAAGUACUUUAAGAGCUUCCCCCUCCCACUCAUUGAGGUUCUGGCGGUGGCAGUUCUGACAGGGCUGAUCCAGUUCCCUAAUCCAUAUACCCGUACCAACGCCAGUCAGGUGAUCAGACAGCUGUUCUCACAGUGCGGCCCUCUUGACACCACCACCAUUGACCUCUGUGACUACAAUAUCUCCCAUACCGACCCGGAUGCACUGUACCACGACUCACCUGCUCUUAGUGGAGUGUGGACGGCCGUGUGGCAGCUCUUCCUGGCAAUGGUUGUCAAGGGCCUUCUCACCAUUUUCACAUAUGGCAUCAAAGUGCCAGCUGGCCUCUUCAUACCCUCCAUGUUUGUGGGGGCGUGCUUUGGGAGGAUUGUCGGUAUCUGCAUGGAGCAGCUACUUGUUGUCUACCAGGACUCUUCUUUUGUGAAGCUAUUUUGCUCGGACCAGGAGACCUGCAUCACACCAGGGCUCUAUGCUAUGAUCGGGGCAGCCGCCGCUCUCGGAGGCGUCACCAGGAUGACAGUGUCACUAGUGGUCAUCAUGUUUGAGCUGACAGGAGGACUAACGUACAUCGUGCCCAUCAUGGUGGCUGUCAUGAUCAGCAAAUGGGUUGGGGACGCCCUUCAUAAAGAUGGAAUCUACGAUGCCCACAUCCAUCUCCUUGGUUACCCGUUCCUGGACAGUAAGGAUGAGUUCACUCACAACACAGUGGUAUCUGAUGUCAUGCGUCCUCAGCAAGGUGACCCACCCCUCACUGUGAUCGACCUCUCCUUGGCAACCAUUGGGAGUCUCCGGACCACUAUUGAAGAAUCUGAGUACUUUGGGUUCCCCUGUGUCCUCAACGCUGACUCACAGCUGCUCGCCGGGUUCCUCUCGAGGAAGGACAUUCAGUUUGUGCUUGAUCAAGUGGCGAUAAGAGACGAGGGUAUCAGUGACGAGAGUCGUGUGUACUUCAUUGACUCCGCCCGUAAGAUGAACAGACAGCUGCUCGCCUUGCAAGUGCCCAGCGUCAACUUCAGGGGGCUCAUGGACCCUUCCCCGUUUCAAAUCUCCGACCAGACUCCUAUGGAGACGGUUGUUGAGAUGGUGAGGAAACUUGGCAUUCGACAAGUGCUCAUCUCACACAAGGGACGACUGUUGGGCAUUGUCACCAAGAAGGAUGUCUUGAGGCACAUGGCACAGCUGGAGAACAAGGAUCCCUCAACCAUCAGAUUCCAUUAGCUCUCUCUAUCAGACAAACACAAAUUUAGUUUAUGGCACUGCUUUAAUUAUUUAUUGGUUGCUCUAGUGAUCUCAAUCUGUUUUUAUCAUCUCAAUAGCUAAAAAUCUAAUAAA